AGCUUCAUUAGCCGUGCGCAAAUGUCAAACAAUUCUUGGUUUUCCCCUGUUCCCUGGGGAGAUUAUUCCAUUUUCGUAUAUUUUACGUGAAUUUCGUAUCUUUUUGCUUAUAAUUCACAAGUGUGACUUUAUUUGGAACCCAUACUUAUCGAAUUUAAAUAUCAAACGCUGUAUAAAAUGUGAAUAAAUACAAUUAUGAUGGCUGAAAACUUUCUGUCUGUAGGCCGUAAGCCAUUUUUCGUGAUAAACGAUUUACUAUGCAUUAUAUUUUAUGCUGACUUUGUUUUUGAUAAGCUGUGACGUGACGUGUUAUAAGUGCAAUACUGUGUGCGAAUCUUCACACCAUUGUGGUUUAAAGCCUACGGGAUGGAAGAAAAACCGGACGUGGAAUCUCUGGCUUCCCAGAUGGAGCCACUGCAGCAUCUGGUGGAGCCGUUAGAGACACACGCUAUGGACCAUCCCUCAGAAUCCCAAGCGCAUUCGGGAGACGAGAAAAAAGUCAUGAAGUUCAUAAGCGUAAACAGUGAUAUUCUAACGGACGAGCAGAGAGAGAUGUAUGAGUCAGUGCUGUCCACAUGGAAACCAGUCAUGUUCCCGAAGAGAAUCAAGCGGUACAUAUGCAACAAAUGCAAUAAAGAGUUCAAGAACUACCAGAACUUAUACUUGCACACAACUAGGGUUCAUUCGACGGAAGAAUCCGCAGUUUUGUGCGACAUUUGCGACAAAACUUUCAAGAACAAACACUAUCUUUAUAUGCAUCGGAUGAACAAGCAUUAUUCGGAGGACGAGAAAUGCUACUGCCAAUACUGUUUGCAAGAGUUUAGGACGCGACGAGCUUUGCACAUGCACGUGAAACGUAUACACCCGAACACGCUGCCUGAACUGAAAUGCCCUGAAUGCGGAAAAGAAUUCAGCGUUCCUUACAAAAUGCGUUACCACAUAGACGCAUGCCACAGGGCGGACAAGGACAAGUACAAGUGUCCAGUGUGUCAGAAGCUGUACAAAAGUCACUUGAAUCUGAACAGGCAUUUGCAUUUCCAACAUUCCCAAGUGCCUCGGCAUAAAUGCGUGUUCUGCGAUAUGACUUUCAAGUCGCGCCAUCACAUGAAACGCCACAUUUUGAACAUCCAUCCUCCUUUGGAGUCUAAAGUGAGUUGUCCGGAAUGUCUCAAGGAAUUCAAAAACGAUCAAUACCUAAAGGAGCAUAUGCAAGUCCACUCCUCGUUAGAUACCAAAGUGAAAUGCGAUCUUUGCGACAAGUUCUUUCAUUCGGCGAUCCGCCUGAAGAAACAUAAGAAGAUCGUACAUCCCUCGAAGCCAAAAAUGCGAUGCGAGAAGUGCGAUAAGGAAUUUGCUCACGCCCACUAUUUGCGGCGACACAACAAUUCCGUGCACAUGGAUUUGGAUGAGACUAAAUAUGAGCACGAAUGCGAUCAGUGCGGGAAGAAGUUUAAACUGAAAAGGUACUUAAACAACCAUUUGCAAAGACAUGAGCAGCAGCAUUUGAAGAGAAUAUCGCAGAUGGUGAAGACCGUGAUGGGAGACGAGGCGAAGCAGAAGAAACCCAAUCAGAAGCAACCGAAGAAGAGAGGCAGACCGAGGAAGGGUAAGAGAGAAGAGAUCGAGUUUAUAAAGUGCGAGCCUGUGUCUAGCUCCGACUCAGAUUCGGGUGAAACUGAGAGUGAUUCUGAAUGAAUUAGCUCGUAGUCAUUUGAGGUUAGUCUGUUUAGAUGUUUCAUAUUUUUCUGUUGAUGUUUUUAUCUUAAUGUUUAUUCUAGAUGAUGUUAAUGGUGACGUAGAUAUUUAUGUUAAGAUUUUGGUCGAAAUGCGGGUUAGAAGCUUCUGGUUAUUGAAAUGGAUAUAAGAGGUGAAAUCUAAAAUGCACGUGAUUUUUAAUUUCCCCUUGCCCUUGGUGAGAAGGAAGCGGUUAGAAAUUACCUAUACUCCGCCUGCCGCGUGUACCCUAAUUCUCGUGUAUUUUGGCACAAAGUAAAAAAAAACUUAAAAUUUUAGCAAAAUUAUCUCCACUCCCCUUGUGAUAUUGAGUAUUUUUUGGGAAAUAUUGAAAUCGUCUUCAAGAAAAUAAUAAAUGGUCACCUUAAACAUACAAUUUUAUUGGUAACCACAAGGUUAGGAUUUUGUUUUAAUAAAUUGUAUUGUUUCAGGAUCAUUUACUGUAUUUUUGAUGAUCAUUGCUGUUUUUUUAAUUCUUGAGAACCUCGCGUGAUUAAUGAACGAUCCUUCAUAUCUCUAAUGAUCACGGGAUUGAGGUUAUUGGGUUCAGACUUGCAAUGCUAGUAGUAGGCAUAUUUCUGCCUACCUACCACGUUCGUGAUUUCAUUGACAGGAACAAAAUGUAAUUUUUUUUCGUUAAACAAGUCAGUUGCACCGAAAUUUUUAAGACACCAAUAAUGAAUAAAAAUCAGGUUCAUCAUGUAAACAUUAUGUGAUUUCGUAGUUGGCUAGUGGCAUGCAAUAUUUUGUUGAGCUUUCGUCAAUUUGUUGAAAUAUAGUAGAAAAUACUUUCUUUAUAAGUACUUGCUUGCUUUUGAUCACAUAAUAUAAAUUGGCGAAAUUUAAAAUCAUUAUAAAUAUAAAAAGUUAUAUAACUUUAAAUGUGAAAUUGUCUAGGAUGCACGCACGCACCAUUUUAGAAAACAUUGAGAGUUUUUCAAAUAUUAGUAUUAAUAAGUAUUUGCAAUACUUUAUGUCAAUGAUAAUUAUUAUAAUUAAGUAAUGCAUUCGGGUUCCUAUUUGGGGUAGUUCGUUUUUAGCUAUACUUGCCGAUUAUAUAAUUAUGUACAGGGUGAUCUUUUCUUUAUAUAUCGUCGAUGCGCGUGCAAUACCGCGAAAGAGCAGUUUGUUAAUACCGCGUAACUGCUUUUGUACGAUUUUACAGGAGGCGAAAAAAACUGGAUAUCUUAGUCAUUUGCCUAUAUUUUACUGACUAAACUAAGUAGUAACUUUUUCGUGACUUACUCUGUAAAAAAAUGACGUAAAUUCAACCAUAACUUGUUUAGAUUCCGCGAAAAGUCACUUACGCGGUUUUGUAGCACUAAAUAUCAGAAAAAUCAAUUUAUUAUUAGCAAAUACGCGGAGUUGAAAUAAAACAUUUUAUUGAAAGAAUUAAUUUAUUACGACAAAAUAACAAAAAUAACUUCAAAAAUAUAAGUUUAGACUUCUUAAAAAAACUUAUCUGAUAAACAAUUAUUUUUACUACUUAAGUAUAUAAUAUCCAUAAUCAAAUUAUAAAGAAACCUUUUUUUAUUAUUAUGUUCCAGAGUGAGAUCGGUCCCUUCUCAUGAAAAUACAAUACCCAUUUUUACUAUAUAUCCAAAAAUCACUAUCUUUGGAAUGUCAAAUCAAUAUUCUUUCUUAAAAUUACAGCAUAAUUUUAAGUCAAUACUUAUUUUUUGAGAUCUACUUAAACAUCACUUUUUUGCCAUUGCACUUAUUCUUAUCAAGGCUAACUAUUAUACUUACACACUAUAACAAAAAUAAAGUAACAAAAUAAUCUGAAACUCAAAUUAAAACUAGUAAUGAAUCACAACGUUUAGGAUAUUAGAAACAUUAUUUAAAAGGCAAGUUAUCAUAAAAGUUAUGACAGUCUCUUGGUAUGACACUCUUGAGCUCCUGCAGAUGAUGGUACUUUGUGGUGGUUAUUGGUUGUCUAGAUUGAUAAAGUGAAGGCACACUAUCUAUUGAAAGUAUUUUCUUUGGUCUUCUAGGCAAAGGCGUAAAGUUAUGUGUGAAGUGGAGCUUAUAGUCUAUUGUACCAUUUGGAUUAUACCUGAGUGCUCUUAUGUCAACGACACAGUGAUCACCCGCCCCACGACCAGGCCUGAUUGAUUCGUAAAUCAGAUAGUCUUUAAGACCGAAGUCUUUAAAAAAAGUAAAAUCUGGUGUAAUAACUUCAUAAGGACUUGGUACUUUCCUUGCCUCUUUCGUAAUAGUCGCAUAUUGAGAGGGUAAAAACACUUCUCUAUUUUUCAAUUUUCUCUCAAUCACAGAGUGAACUGAGUCCACUUCCAUCUGCGUGUGGCCUUUCUCCAAGUAUUUCUGAGUUAUCACUAUGUUCUUGGCCAUAGCUAAACGCAAUAAUGCAUUCGAUACAAUAUUGUUUCUAUUUUGGGCGGUACAGCCAUCUGUAAAUAUUACGACAUCCUUGGGAUCAUCAUCUAUUAAUUUUGUCAAAUAGUCCACAAAUAAUGUAGCAUAGGUAGUCGAUUUUAAGUCGCAUACCGUUUCGUCGAACCAGUAACACGUGACUCUAUUAUUCCCCAGGUUGUAGACUGUAAAGUUAUGCACGGCUAGUUUUGUUUUAAAAUAUAGGGCACUGGCAUUGAGGCAAGGACACAGUUUUACAGCCUGAAGAUCUGCUGUUAUUGCAUGUAUAUUUCCUUUCUGUGCUGCUUCUUUGUCAGAACUUUUUUCAGCUCUGGCUAAGUCUUUUAGUUCAAUAUGUUUGGUAUACUGCGCAUCUGAUAUAUUGCCUGCUUUGUGAGCGCAACACUGGUCGCAUGCAUCUUUUUUUGGUUGAAAUAUUGCGAUAUUCUCUUCAAAUAAAGCACCUUCAAAUACCUUUCUUGAAGCCACCGGUUCAUUUCUUGAAACUGAGUAAUCUACAUAAAGACGAUACAAUUGCGACUUUGACUGUAUGAUGGGCUCCAAAUAUAAUUUCGAGGAAGAUUGUCUACAAUAAUGAGACGGCAGCUUCGGUAGAGCAAUCAAAUAUUUUUUAGCUAAAUCUUUUUUGGGUUCUUUGACAAUUACUUCUCUUUGUUCAGGUUCAAAUUCACUUUUAUUCAUCUUCUCUCCUAGCCAGUAUCUAACGGUCCAUUCUUUUAUACCUAGUGUUUCCAGAAAUGUUUUUUGGCAAACUCUUUCCUUUUUAUCAUUCACCUUUAAAAAAUAUUUUUUGGUAUCGCUUCGCCUUGAAUUUGAGCCUUUAGUUUUCCUGGUGGUAGGAAUCUGAUCCACCAUUGAAGAUACGUACAUUUUCUUUUCUUGCCAACUCAUUUUCCAAUAGGUUUUAAAAAUUUCUGACCUGACUUCUUCUGUUAAUUUCGAACAAUACAUAGCUUUUCCACUGAAACAUCGCAUUGACAUACAUAUUGGACCCAUUAUUCGUGCUGGUUUAGGAUUAUUUUGUAUAAAUUUAAAGCCAUCUUUUUUAAAUCCGAUGUACUCUUCUCCUAACAUUCUCUGUCGCUUAUUUUUCAUCCUUUUCCAAUUUUUUUGAUCCCCUUUGCGCUUUUUUUUGUUUGUUUUCGACUUUUCUUCUAUUUCCCUUUCAGGGAACCAUUCCAUAUUUUCUGGCGAUAAAGGCUUUAAAUUUGUUAUAUCUGAGAGGGCGACAUAAGAAGGAUCUGCGACAGAAUCGUCAGACGAAAAAUCAAGUCCGUCAUUGUGCUCUACUACAUUAACAUUCAAUUCAAGAGGAGUAAUUUUAUUUUCUCUUUGUGUUGGUACAGUACUUAAAAGUGUUGUAAAUGUAUUAAAUUCGGAUGUUAUAUCGUGAUUUUGUUCUUGCUGUAAUAUAUUAUCUGACGAAGGUUUUGAAUCUGAUUGCAAUGGUGGUUGAUUGUGGUCAUUAUGUUUUCUUAUUAUUUCCUCUUUCUUUUUCAGUAAAAUGUUUCGCCUUUCUAACAGAUCUUUCAAUGAAAUCACGUCGUCGGCAACAUCAGCAUUUUCAAAAGGAAAACUAUGAUUGUCUUGAUUUUCCAUUAUUAUUUGCACCUAAAAAUAAUUUUAGUAUGUUAGUAUGUAAGUAUUGUAAAUUUAGUAUUGUAGAAUAAAAUACCGCGUAGAUGAAAAAUUUUAUCAAAUCAUGAAGUUUUAAAACCGCGUAAUUACAAGAUGGAGGUUAUGUUUGCUAGAAUCAUUAAAAUAAUUAAAUAAUUACACGAAGCUACAUUACCUAAGCUUAAACUAUUGAUAAACAUACACGUUAAACAAUAAAAACAUACUUACAUGGGGGUUUUCCACGGUAAAACAGUCGUAAUCGGGAACACGCCCUAACCGCGUUGUAACUUCUUCGCCGGUUCGGUAAAUACGCGGACUUGCUGCCAACUUCAGACGCACUGCUGUUCCGCGGUAUUGUUGCGAUGUCAAAAUCAAGGUUCCUUAUUGGCUAAUUCAAAAUGUGUCUAAUCCACUACAAGCCAAUACGCGUUAUGAAUCCAUUGGCGAGAUAUUUCAAUUUUGCGCCUUUUGCUGUUACGCGGUAUUAACAAACUGCUCUUCAGCGGUAUUGCACGCGCAUCGACGAUAUACUAUCUGACGCCCCCGACUUCAACUUUGGUUUUAUAAGAAUCCCACAGGAACCUCACAUUUUUCCAGGAUAAUAAUUCCUAAAAAAUCCGCUUUAAUUUUCUAUAUAAUACGCUCUAACCAAAAAUGGACGAGAGAUGAAUGAGCGGGAGGUAUACCAGCAAAAUAUGUCUAUAAUCUUCUAAAAUACCUUGCCCUAUCGAGAACUGCAGUUAGUUCAAUUUUGGAAAGAGUAACAAUGGCUACACUAACAGGCUAUUAUCAAAUUUGGCUAGGAAGGGCGCGCGCUUCGAGCAAUGAAGGUGAGCGUUGUGUCUUAAACCUACUUUACUUACUACUUCUAACUCGAUGUACGUUUGCAAACAUUGUUAAAAUUGUCAAACUAAAUGGUAUUUCGUGAUGGCAGUUUAGUUUGGUCAAUUUCUGCAACGUACUUCAACAUAGGUUGAAAUGACCCAAACGACGGGAUAAAGACUCACAACAUAACAGUUUUUAUACAUAUAGUAAUAAAAAUCACUUUUACUACAACCAUAUAGAAGACGGUGAGUCAGAAUGUCCAAUGUUUUUUUAUUUUGUCAAAAUACCGUUCGAAGUUUUUUAUUUUAUCUCACUUCCAUUAUUACAUAAAACACUGUAGAAACGAGAAAUUAAUUAUGUAACAUAAUAAAUUUAAAUAUUUUUCUUUUUUUUUUUGCUGUCCGUUCGCUUCGAGUUUGCCGUCGAUGACCGUUACAAAAUGUGAGUGGCCAAUCACGGCACAUCAACUGGUACCGUCGACCAAUAGGAGUUGGCCGUCGAUGACCGUUACAAAAUGUGUGUGGCCAAUCAUGCCACAUCAACUGGUACCGUUAACCAAUAGGGUCGACUAGUAGGGUCUGUCUAGGAGGUAGGGAGGAUGGGAGCGAGUAACUCGAAGCAAACGCGUAGUAUAUAGGGUAAUAAAAGAAGUAAUUGUAAAUUCUAUAUCUCUUUGUGUCUUAGAUUAAAACAAAAAGGGUAGAUACCAGUCCGCGUUGCUUGGCAACCGACUGCGUUUUCUUUCCUUUCUCAACAAACGGUAUUAUGAGUUGUAUUGUUGUUCUUAUCUUGAUAACAAUUGGCGAAAAAGUAAAUUAACAUUCAUGACAAACAGUGAUUUUUGAAAAAUAAAUGCUUUUAUAGUUUUACGGAUGGCAAGUGUUGCCGUGGCAUUUGUAAUUUGAUCAUGAACUAUCUGUCUCUUUAUAAAAGCAUUCAAGCCAUUGUUUUAUCUUUAUAAUACAGAAUAUACGCAAUAUUGUUAUAUUGAGUACACAUGCAGCGUGUUUGAAUGUACAAUUGUGACUAAAGUGAAUUGUGUCAUGCACCACAAUUUAAGCGGUACACUUUUGAGCCGCGAGUGCAGUAUCUUCUUCACUUUUUGUUUUAAUCUAGGCUUUGUGUGCAAUACAACCGAUGGAUGAGAGACGGCUGUCUCGCUGAGAAUCAGCAGCGAAUCGCAGGUUGAAUAGCACCGGCUAAGUUCAAACGUGUUCUUGUAAUGGGGUUGGGGUCUAAUUUAAAUAUUUAUUUCUAUAGAAAAAACGGAACUGGAGUAACACUAUUACCGUCGUAUAUAUAAACAAGAAAAAGGCAUUAAUUCUGAUAUUUCUUUUUAUGCUUAAAUAAUUCAAUGACUGUCAAAAUGGGAAUUUUUGUCACUCGUGCCAUAAAAGAAACGAGUCAAAAUGGCCGCCGAUUAAUUUUUUUAUAUACGAGGGAGAUGUUACCAUUUUCGUUGACAAGUAACCAUUGUAUUAGGGAAUUCUAGUAUCAAUUAAGGACUUGGUUACUAAGGAGCAAAGUAAUUACUUGUAGAUAUUUUUUAUAAAUGUAUGACUGAAAUAAACAUUUAUUAUUAUUAUAGAAGACAGAAUAAACAUACGCACAAACGUAACUAAUGAAUCAAUGCUCAUGAAUCCUUAAAAACAUUACACUCCUUUUUGACAGUCGUGUAAAAAGGAUCGUUAUAGUUUGGAACAUGCUGUAUAUAGCCUGUGCAAUUCAAACUGCGUUUAGAUUUAAACAUUGAAGAAUAUUGUAAAUAAAUUAUUAAUUAAUUAUUAUCUUAGUAAAUGCAAUAUGUAACACAUUAUGUUUGUGAUAUUCUUGAUUUCUUUUAUGCUUUGUACCAUGUUUAUCGCGUUGGUUGAUUACUAGUUCAUUUCUUCACGCUAUUGACCGGUUAUCGGUGAAAACAAAAAAAUAUUUUGGUCAGUAGAAAAAUGAAAAGUUUAAAAACAUGUUUUUAUUUUUCCAGAAAGAUAGAUACCUUUAAUUUUAAUUGAGGUGAUAAAUAAGUACCUAAUUAGUUCAUUAAUCAUUAUCUUAAGCAACUAGUGAUCUGAGGCCCAAUCACGAAUUUGGACCGUUGCGUAAUCGUGUCGUCAUCGACAAAUUUUGUGUGGAAGGCGUCAAGUUGUUCUUGCGUCCGGUAGAGGCGCUGCUCAGUUUUCAUAGAAAACUUACGAUACUAUAGGAUUUCAGUACUCUUAGCACAGAUCAAUAUCUAAUUCGAAUAUCUAGUUUGUGAGUACGAAAUGUCAUUGUCAAAUGUGUACAAUGAUAUUUGGGACUCGGAAACUAUUCGAAUAUGAUAUUCGUGCGUGCUAAGGGUACAAAGCUGUCAAAAUUCGCGCUUGGGCCUCUGUACCGACAUCAUUUGGUGGCAUAUUUAAGAAAGCUAAACUAUAUAAAAAAAUUAUACGUGUAAAUAGAGUAAAAUUAUAUAAGUCAAUUUUAUUAUUGUGAACAGUACAAUUAAAUGUUGAUGAAAGAAAUAUA